UUGAUUUAUUGGCCUGCAAUACAGCUCCUUUGAGUUGUGCGUGAUUUAUGCUUCCUUUUUUUUGUUGAUGUUUUUGUUAAAUCCAAUUUCUGAUUUUUUUUUCUUCCAAUCAAUCCUUUUUCCACUUAAGCUAUUGACCAUAUAUUUUCUCCUUCCAAAACCAAUUUCAUUUGCUUUGUUCCCAAAAAAUUCACUCUUCCAUGAAUUUUCAUUAAUCAAGUGUGGAGGUUCUUUGAAGAAUUUAUUUGCUUAGACAAAUAAUAAUAUAUGGCAACAAAAGCUAAAGAAAGUAGUAACACAGUUGUUGGAAAUGAGAAGAAGAAGACUCCACCUUCAACUUCUCAACUCACAACAACCAAAAGAACAAUCAAACCAACAACAGCAACAACAACAACCAAAAAGAGUAUCUCAACAACUCAAGAGAAAAACAACUCCAAGAAUCUUAAGCCCACACUAAGUUUCAAACAGCCAAAAAUUGAGACUCCUACUAAGCCUGCUCCAAUCAGAAGAAGAUCAUUGGACAAACCAAUCUCAUCAUCAUCACCAACACCAACAACAAAAAAGCAACCUUCUCCUUCAAGACUACACAAAGCUCUUGUUUCACCUGGCCCUAGAGAGAGAAAAGUUUCACAUAUUACAUCUUUAAAUUCUCCUGUUAAAACCACCAAACCCAUUUCAGAUAAUGCAAAAACUAAGUUACUUGGGAAAAAAGCCACUACAAAGAUAGUAGCUAAUGUUCCUGCUUCCUCUAAGGACAAAUCUGUCAUUGCAGAUACAUCAAAGGUUGAAACUAAGCAUGUUCAAGAACUUACAACUCAAGAAGAUGCAGUGAUAAAGGUAGAUAAUGAAGAAGAACAUGCAUCUCAUCAUAUUUCACCUGAAGUAGUACUACAUGAGAAUCAAAUUGUUGAGGAUUCUGACACUGAUCCACUUCAAAAUCAAGUUGAGGAUGAGGAAGUCAUUUCUACCACCUCAGACGUAGAAGAAGCAGAAAAGAAUCCACAAGAGAAACCUGAAGAGCAUGAAGAGAAAGAGAACAAUAAUGGGAAUCACCAGGAAGAAGUUGAUCAUUCUGAGUUUGAAGGAGAAGUUGCUGUGAAUGAAAAGGAAGAGAAUGAAAGUGGGAGUGUAACAGAAGAUCAAAAAAAUGAGAGCAACAUUGAAGAAGAAUUAAAAGAAGAAGAAGAAGAGAAGGAAGUUGUUGAAGGAAAUGUAAGUGAAGAAGUUGAAGAAGCAAAGGUUGAAGAAGCAACACAACAAAAAGCAGUAGUAGGAGGAAAAGGGAAGAAAGAAUCUCAGGUAUCAAAUGAUAUAAUUGAGGAGACUGCAAGCAAGCUUUUGGAAGGGAGGAAAAAUAAGGUUCUUGCUUUGGCUGGAGCAUUUCAAACUGUCAUUGAUCAUCAAACUAAAUAAACCAUCCCAUGCAUGCAUGCAUGCAUGCCACAUGUAUACUUUGCUGACACUAUUUAUUAUUCAAUUUAAAGCAACAUAGUGUCUCUUCAGAAAAGUUGUUGAAUUCAAAGGAACACACUGUAUUUUAAGAAUUAAACAACUUUCUUAUAGAUAUGUGUGUACAUUAUUACAAUUGCAAUUUUAACUAUUCAUUUUAUUUA